UAAAGUCUUCUUAUAGAGACAAAGACGACUGCUCUAUUAAUUGGCCUCUCUUUGGAUUUCUCUUAAGAGGAAUAUCUCCCAAAGAGAAACAAGAAAGCAAAAUUAACACCAUUCCAUUUCAAAUAGCUAUGGUGAUUUUACUCAACAGACGUUGUUUUCUUGUUCUAAUUCUAUUUGCAACAUUCUCUUGCUUCUUUCUGAAGCUCUGUUUCGGCGAGGACAGGAUCACGUUCACGACUCCGAUCAAAGACUCAGAGACACUUCUCAGCAACAAUGGUAUUUUCAGGUUCGGUUUCUUCACUCCUGUAAACUCCACUGGUCAUUUACGUUAUGUUGGUAUCUGGUACGCUAAGGUUCCAGUUCAAACCGUUGUUUGGGUUGCUAACAAAGACACUCCUAUCAACGACUCUUCCGGUGUUGUUUCCAUCUCUGACGAUGGAAACCUCGUGGUCACAAAUGGUCGAAACCACCUUCUGUGGUCGACCAACGUAGCCCUACCAGUGGCUCCAAAUGCUGCAUGGGUUCAGCUAACGGACAAUGGGAAUCUUAGGCUGCAAGAAAACAGAAACAAGGGUGAGAUUCUGUGGGAGAGUUUCGAGCAUCCUUACAAUUCUUUCUUGGCAGCAAUGACCAUUGGGAAAAGCAACAGAACCGGAGAGAAUCUAAAGGUUACUUCAUGGAAAAGCUACACAGAUCCUUCAGCAGGGAACUACACAGCCGGUAUCUCUCUUUCCCCGUUUCGUGAGCUUAUGAUCUGGAGAAGCAAUGUCACAAUCUGGCGUAGCGGACCAUGGAACGGUCAGAUAUUCGUCGGCUUAGAGGAUGAGGUAGCUCUUCUGUUUCUUGAUGGGUAUAAUAUUAUCAGUGAUGAUAAUGAAGGAACAUUUACAGUGUCAUAUGCUACUGAUUCUCCCAUGUACCACAUGAACUUGGAUCCUGAUGGAGUUCUAUAUAUAAGAAGUUGGAGUACUACUACGAGAGCUUGGGAGAUCGGUACCACUAUUCCAACGACAGCCUGUGAUGCAUACGGUACAUGCGGUCCAUUCGCGAGCUGCAGUUCAAAGGAAGUUCCGAUAUGUAAUUGCGUUGAAGGGUUUGUGCCGAGGAAUAAAACAGAGAGGAGUGGAGGGAGCUGGAGUAGUGAAUGCUUAAGAAGUAUUCCACUGCAGUGCCGUGUAAGUACUGGUGGUGGAGGAAAAGGAGAUGUAUUUUCUAAAAUGCAGAAGAUGAAAGUACCAGCCAAUGCGGAACAGUCUGUAGCUACUGAGAAGGAUUGUCCUAACGUUUGUUUAGAUAACUGUUCUUGCACUGCUUAUGCAUAUGAUCAAGGAAUAGGAUGCAUGCUUUGGAGUGGUGACUUGGUUGAUAUGCAAUCAUCUUUGAGGAGUGGUAUUGAUCUUUUUAUUCGUCUUGCGCCCGAACUCGAAACACAUGGUAGGCCUUUAGAAACACAUAGUAAGCGAGCAAUUAUGAUCACAGCAUCCGUGCUAGGCGUUGCGUUUGUUGCUGUGCUCUGCAUUCUUUUGGCAUGCCGUAAAUUCAAAAAGCGUUCAGGCUUAGCAGCACCAGAGAAAGAUACAAGUGCAGAGCUAAUGUUUAAAAGAAUGGAAGCACUUACAAGUGAUAAAAAGUCUGCUUCUAACCAAGUCAAGCUCAAAGAUCUUCCUCUUUUUGAGUUUAAAGUGUUAGCUACAUCAACCGAUAACUUCUCUCUCAUAAACAAGCUCGGGCAAGGCGGAUUUGGUCCUGUUUACAAGGGGAUGUUGCCUGAAGGGCAAGAAAUUGCAGUGAAGAGGCUCUCACGGGCGUCAGGACAAGGGCUAGAGGAACUUAUGAACGAAGUGGUUGUGAUUUCCAAGUUGCAGCAUCGAAAUCUGGUAAAGUUACUUGGCUGUUGUAUUGAAGGUGAAGAAAGGUUGCUAGUAUAUGAAUACAUGCCAAAGAAAAGCUUGGAUGCCUAUCUAUUUGACCCAUCUAAGCAAAAUAUUCUUAAUUGGAAGACUCGUUUCAACAUAAUGGAAGGAAUAUGCAGAGGUCUUAUGUACCUUCACAGAGAUUCAAGACUAAAGAUCAUACAUAGAGAUCUAAAAGCUAGCAACAUUUUGUUAGAUGACAAUCUGAAUCCCAAGAUAUCUGAUUUCGGACUUGCAAGAGUUUUUCAAGUGAAUGAAGAUGAAGCUAACACAAGAAGGGUUGUUGGAACUUACGGCUAUAUGUCACCGGAAUAUGCAAUGGAAGGUUUAUUUUCAGAAAAAUCAGACGUUUUCAGCUUGGGGGUUAUAUUUCUAGAGAUCAUAAGUGGGAGAAGAAACUCUCACAAGGAAGAAAAUGAUCUAAACCUUUUAGCUUAUACGUGGAAGCUGUGGAAUGAGGAUGAGGCUGUUUCUUUAGCAGAUCCAACAGUUCUGGAUGAGUCUUUUGUGAAGGAGAUAACGAAAUGUGUUCAGAUUGGAUUGUUAUGUGUGCAAGAAGUUGCAAACGAUAGACCAAGUGUUUCAACAGUGAUCUGGAUGCUAACUACCGAGAUCACGAACCUCCCUAAGCCGAAGCAUCCUGCAUUUAUAGCAAGGAGAGGAGAUUACGAGGCUGAAUGUUCUGACCAGAGUAGUCAGAAGGUCUCUAUCAAUGAUGUGAGCCUCACAACUGUAACAGGACGUUAAGCUCACCAAAAGCCAAUCUGUCUGUUUGCAGUCUGUUUGUAUGAUACUAUGUUUUGAGAAACUAUAAUGUUUAACUGUUUGAUUAAAGAAUAAGAGAAGCAUUCCAAAGAA